AGUUCGGUAUAGGUAUCUGUUAAUCUAUUAGGCAUGUAGGCGAUUUAUAGGCACUUAAAAGAUUAUAUUUAACACUUUAACAGCACUCAAUAUAGGCGUAAGUGAGAUCACAUGCACAGUUUAUUUUUUUCCGUGCAAUUUUUGAGAAGCAGUUUUUAAAGUAUUUUUAUUUUUACUGUUGGAUUAAUUACAAAGUUCCGUUGUAUAUUUACUUAAGGUAUUUUAUAGUUGUGACGUGUGUGUUGUCGGGUCGAUAAAUAGUUAUUAGUCAUUUGUUGUACAUAUCUGUUAUAUAUUUUAGUAUAAGAAAAUAUAUAACACGUGAAUAAAUUACUUUUGAUUAAUUAUUGUAACGAGCAAACCAUGGGUAUAGAUUGAGGUGGUAUUGGGCAAUCAAGUUACUUGGAUUUUGUCUGGUCAAAAAACACUACCUUCUCCAUAAGAAAAAAAUCAGAUGACAACAUCAUGCCAUUUAUUUUAGCACGUGACAAUUCAGCGCCUAGAAUUUAGCACCGGAUAAUUUAGCAUUGGCAUACGAUAUUUAAAUUAAAGAAAAUUCAGCGAAUCAGUGGAGUACGCAGAUAUUUUCAAUUGUGGGGGGGGGGCAUAACCCCUCCUUGUUAUAUAUAACAAUAUUUUUAUAUAUACGUAAAAAAAAUACCAAGGGGUUGUUUGAACCGAUGAACUGUCGUGCUGGUGAGAGACUGUUUGAGAGUACAAAUUUCAGAGAGCUGUUGGGUACUUGAAUUUGUGACUGGCGACGCUUUCUUCAUAAGCCCAUUGAAAGUUCCAUUUUCAUUCUUUCCAGUUGUACAGACACGGUGAUCGGUCAAUUGAGCAUACUUAUACAAACGACCCAUACGCUAAUAAAUCUUAUUGGCCUAUGGGAUUUGGCCAACUAACGCCAUCUGGAAUAGAAAAACAAUUUAAAUUGGGAAAAUGGUUGAAAAAACGGUACAGCGAAUGGUUGCCGGAAGUGUAUUCUGCAGAAGACGUUUAUGUACGGAGCUCUGACUACGAUCGGACCAUAACGAGUGCCCAGGCUAAUCUAGCCGGUUUGUAUCCUCCCGUGGGACCUGACGAUUGGAACAUGGAACCUGGAAAGCACAUUCAACUAGUUCCGAUACACACUGUGCCGAAAUCCAUGGAUAACUUAUUGUCAAUGUCAGCAUCUUGUCCACUUUAUUCACAGGAGAUGGACAACGUACUAAACGAUUUCGAGGUACAAAAAUUUUACACACAGUUUAGUUUGGCGUUCAAAUAUAUAGAAAAAAAUAGCAACUUGGAAAUGGGUAAAAAAACAGUUAUGAAAUCUACUACGGUACUAUAUGAUGCACUUCUUGUAGAGUCACAGUUCAACUACACGUUACCGGAGUGGACUAAAAGAAUAUUUCCUGAAUCAUUAUUAACAAUAGUUAAAGAAAAUGUAGAAUUGGCGACACACACUAAUACUAUGAAAAGAUUAAAAGCUGGUCCUUUACUUAACGAGAUUGUAACUCAUAUGUACGAAAAGAAAAAUGGUACCCUGAGUCCUAACAGAAUGCUUUGGGUUUAUUCAGCUCAUGAUAUGACUAUAGCUAAUUUACUCAACGCGUUUGAACUAUACGAACAUUUACUGGUGCCCUAUGCAGCUGUCUUGAUGAUUGAACUUCGGUUAAACACUACAGGAAAUUAUGUUGUCACGAUAUCGUAUCGAAACACAAGUGACCACGAACCAUAUUUACUGCAUGUACCUGGUUGUGAUUCAAUCGCUUGUGAACUAGAUAUAUUUAUUGAUGUUUUAAGACCAUUAAUAUCAGUUGACUGGGAUGUUGAGUGCAAAUCUGCUGUAGAAAAUAAUAUUCCAACAUUUUUCAAUUAUUUAUCAGUCAUUAUAGCUAUUGUAAUUAUGUUAAUAUCGUAUAUGAUUGCUGUAAAAAUACUAUCUUUCUUUAAGAAAAAGUCAAGUUACCAAACAUGUGAUUUGAUUUUGCCAAUUGGAUAUGUAUCACUGAAAUAAGAUUACUGCAACUUACUAACCGAUUAAUAAGUUAUAAACUUAUAAGUAUUUAAUUAUAUUAAAGUUAUUUUAGUUUAUAUUUACUUAAGAUCUAUGCCGUGUGAUCAUGUUAUGAUUUAAUAUUAUACAUUCGAUUCUGCUGUUAUUUGAUUUAUUAAAUGAUUUAUUGUCUAUUGUGUUAUAAAAUUACGAUGAUAGGUAUAGAUUUUUAUAAUUCGUAAUAUCGUUUUAUUAUUAUUUAUCCAUUUAUUUGUAACCGUAAAAUUAUAUUAGCGAUAUUAAAAAAGUAUACAGCUCAAUUUCUUCAAAGUAGUCUAUGAAUAAAAAUAAAAAUGUAUGAGUAAAAUUUAGGAAUAAAAAAAUCGAAUCAAUAUAAUUGAAGAGUGCUUAUUUAUUAUAAUUAUUAUUAUUAUAUUAUUGGAGUGUUAUUUCUGUGUUUACAAUAAAUCAUUUGUAUAACUAUUAUUUUUUUUCUAAAACAAAUAUUGAAAUAUAUGUAUAAAGUUACCUAUACAUGAGAUUUAACUUUAUUAUUAAAAUAUUUUAUAACUUUUUAAGUAGAAUGUGAUUAGAUGUAUCUUCUAUAUAAUACUCUUGUAAACAUUUUUUUAUAUAUAAAGUGACUUUUUUAAUAAUAAACAUUCAAUGUAUUUUUUAAUAAUAAGUAUUUAAAGUUAAGUUGGACAAGUUUUACAGAGCAUUAUAAAUUUCACAGGAUACCCCUUGCUAUACUUCAUACAUAUGAAUUUAACUUAAAAAGCUUAUAAAUAAAAACUUAAUGGUAUGAUAUUUAUUAGAAAAUGUUCUUGUAUACAUUAGAAAUUAUGUUUGGCUUACGCUGUGAACAAAUAAUUUGUAAUCUUAAGUUAUUUUAGUUUUUAUCUUAUUUACUUCUGUGGAUUCUUGUUAGAUUAUAUUUUAUUCGUAGGCAUUGAAUAUUCAUGUUUAUUAAUUGAACGUGCAAAUUAUUUAGUAAGUAAAUAUAAGGUAGAAUUUCGUUUAUGUUAGAAAGUUAUCGGGUUGAAGACCAUGGUUCUUUAGGCGUUACUGUCGGCAAUUUAGAUUGAUUGCUUGCUUUUGUCAGACAGGUGGAAGCCAUUCAUUGCUAAUUGACUACAUUAAAAUAUUAGUUAAUUAAAUGAGAAUAUUGUGUCCCAAUGAGUAGACAUAUUAAUCAAAUAAUUCACUCAUACAGUAUAAUAUCCGCAAUGACUAUUAUGUUUCAAUAUUUAUAAUUUACAUUUGUUUUUUUAAUACAUAAUGAACUGCACAUAUUUUUUAAUUAAAAAACAUUCUUAUCGAAAUUGUUGUAAAGCUGUUGCACUGGUUAGGUAUAUUUGCCAAGAAGAAAUCAAAACGGAUUUAGAACAACAUUUUAGAGAGUUAUUAACAUGACCUAGUAGGUGAUGAGUGAUGACAUAAAAAGGCAGUAUUUAUCUGAAUUCCGUAUAUUGCGUAUUCAAGUAGAAUGUGAUCAAAAAUAUUUACUUAUAAAAAAUGUAUUUAUCGUUCCAUUAACAUAGAUGUUAAUAAUAAUUGUACAGUCAUUUAAAUGAUUUGUGAAUAGUGUAUCAAUGUUAGUAAUAAACACAAGGAGAAAAUGGUUUUGUGAGUUGCAAUUUUGUUUGUAAAUUAUUUGAAAUUGCUUGCUAUAAUUUUACAUAUAAAAAUGAUAUACUGUGCAUGUAAUGGUCUAAAUGUAUUUUAACGACGAUCAUUUAAGUUGUAGUCUUACAAUCUAUAUAAUGUUAACAAUAACUUUUUAAAUUAUAUGCAUACAUAGUGAACACAGUAAUAAAUAGAAAAAAUAUUUUUUUUAGUUGACCUGAAAUGUAAUGAUCAUCAAAAGCAUUAACACAAUAUUAUUUAUUUACAACAUGUUCCUUAAUCAGUCUGUUUUUAAUAUUUGAGGUUAUGUAUAUUUCUUUAAAUAACCUAAUUAGGUAGUUAUACGUAAUGUAGUAGGACGAAUUACCUGGUAAUUUAGAAAAUACAUUUUAUACUCAAAUAUUUUCAUUUUCCAUAGGUAACCAUAUGUUUUUGUAUAAGUUGUUUUUUUAUUGUGUCAAACCAUCGCAGAACGAUUU